GUCUCGGGCGUCCAACUCUUCAAGCUCAUUCAGCAGUGGUCAGGAUGACGUAUAGAGAAUAGCUGAACGAGCUCCACUCCCCUUUCGACCCGUCCAUAUCAUGGACGCGGUCUCGGCGAAAAAACCAAGAAUGGACGCUCCACGGACACUUCUCGAGUUUCGCUCCUCAAACUCGAUAUGGCCUCCGCCGCAUUGAAGAGCCGCGUCCGUCGGCCCGCGUACCUCAAAAAGCUGGCCAAGGCCGAAGACCUCAUCCACCACUUCCCACACGGCUCAUACAUCGGAUGGAGCGGUUUCACCGGGGUAGGAUACCCAAAGCAAAUCCCGACCGCCCUCGCCGACCACGUCGAGAGGAACAACCUCCAGGGAAAGCUCAAGUAUAACCUCUUCGUGGGAGCGUCGGCGGGAGCGGAGACAGAGAAUCGAUGGGCGAGGUUGAACAUGAUUGAGCGGCGGAGUCCGCAUCAGGUUGGGAAGGAGAUCUCCAAGGGGAUCAAUAAUGGCAACAUCAACUUCUUCGACAAGCAUCUGAGCAUGUUCCCGGUCGAUCUGAUGUACGGGUUCUAUACGCUGAAGAAGAAGAGCAACCGCAUCGAUGUGGUCGUGGUCGAAGCGACGGCGAUUACGGAGGAUGGUGGAAUCAUCCCGGGAGCAUCUGUCGGUGCCACUCCUGAGCUGGUACAGAUGGCGGAUAAGAUUAUCAUCGAGGUCAAUACGGCGACUCCAUCAUUCGAAGGCCUACACGAUAUUACCAUGACGGAUCUACCUCCGCGGCGAAAGCCAUAUCUGAUCAUGUGCCCGGAGGACCGUAUCGGAACCCCUCACAUUCCCAUCGACCCCGAUCGCGUGGUGGCAAUCGUCGAGUCCACAUACCCCGACCAGACUCAACCGAACGCUCCAGCCGACGCCAAAUCCGAAGCCAUUGCCGGGAACCUGGUCGAAUUCCUCCAGCACGAAGUCAAGCACGGCCGACUGCCACCGAACCUGCUUCCCAUCCAAUCCGGCAUCGGCAACAUCGCCAACGCCGUCAUCGGCGGCCUGGCUUCUGGCGGCGCCAACUUCAAGAACCUCCGUGUCUGGACCGAAGUCCUCCAAGACGCCUUCCUCGACCUCUUCGAUUCCGGCAAUCUCGACUUCGCCACCGCGACCAGCAUGCGUUUCAGCCCCGAAGGUUUCGACCGCUUCUACGGCAACCUCCAACACUACGCUCCAAAGCUCCUCCUCCGCUCCCAGCAGGUCAGCAACAGCCCGGAGAUCAUCCGCCGCCUCGGCGUCAUCGGCAUGAACACCCCCGUAGAGGUGGACAUGUACGCCCACGCGAACAGCACCUGCGUCAUGGGAUCCCGCAUGCUCAACGGCCUCGGCGGGUCCGCCGAUUUCCUCCGCUCCGCCAAAUACAGUAUCAUGCACACACCAUCCUCUCGCCCGUCCAAGACCGACCCGGACGGCAUCAGCUGCAUCGUGCCGAUGUGCACGCACAUCGACCAGACGGAGCACGAUCUGGACGUGGUGGUAACGGAGCAGGGACUGGCGGACGUGCGGGGCCUGUCGCCGCGCGAGCGGGCAAGGGAGAUCAUCAAGAAAACCGCGCAUCCGGACUAUCAGCCGAUUUUGCAGGAUUACUUUGAUCGGGCGGAGUUUGAGUGCUUGCGGAAGGGGAUGGGGCAUGAGCCGCAUAUGCUGUAUAAAACGUUCAAUAUGCAUCGGUAUCUAGAGGAGAAGGGGACGAUGAAGAUCCCGAGCUGGGAUUUCAAGUUUGAUAGCUAGGGAAUUGUGCCAGCUGACCAGCUACGAGUGGAAGAGAGCUAGUUCGGAAGUAGGAGAUGGGCACCUGGAAUAGAGGGACUACAUCAUCCUGGUGUAAUCAAACAGCAAUAUAGCAUGGCAGUUGAAAUCUAGAAAGAGAUUUAUGUAUGGACAUACCUUUCGUUGUACCAUUAGAUGCCAAGUUCAAUCAAUAUCUGUACAGUAGCACGGCCUUGAGCAGUAUUGGAAAAGCUUUAGCUAGGAAAGCCGACGAGGGGAAUUCUAACGCUCCUUCAGUGUUCAUACCUCUUUUAUAAAAUCGCCG